CGAUAGUCCACUAAUUGAACGUAACUUACGUUACUGUUUUGGUUUAAGUCUGCUUGGUCACUAAGAUAUCAGGAUGGGAAUUUUGGAAAGGAUUUCUGAAAUCGAGGCAGAGAUGGCCCGAACCCAGAAGAACAAGGCUACCAGUGGGCAUCUGGGUAUGCUCAAAGCCAAGCUAGCCAAGCUGAGAAGAGAACUCAUCACUCCUAAAGGAGGUGGAGGAGGAGGGGCAGGAGAAGGAUUCGAUGUUGCCAAGACUGGAGAUGCUAGAAUAGGCUUCGUCGGGUUUCCUUCGGUGGGCAAGUCUACCCUUCUAAGUAACUUGGCUGGUGUGUACUCUGAGGUGGCCGCAUACGAGUUCACCACACUCACCACUGUACCUGGUGUUAUCAGAUACAAGGGAGCUAAGAUUCAGUUACUUGAUUUACCUGGUAUCAUUGAGGGAGCCAAGGAUGGAAAAGGAAGAGGACGACAGGUCAUUGCAGUGGCAAGGACCUGCAGUCUGAUCCUGAUCGUACUCGAUGUUCUCAAACCCCUCAAGCAUAAGAAACUGAUUGAACACGAGCUGGAAGGCUUCGGCAUCAGGUUGAACAAGAAGCCACCGAACAUAGGAUACAAGAGGAAGGACAAGGGAGGAAUCAACUUGACCUCUACCUGCAUCCAGUCAGUGCUUGACCUUGAUACUGUCAAGACCGUCUUAUCAGAGUACAAGAUACACAAUGCUGAUAUCACUUUGAGAUCUGAUUGUAUCGUGGAUGACCUGAUUGAUGUGAUUGAAGGAAAUAGAGUCUACGUCCCAUGUAUCUACGUACUCAACAAAAUUGAUCAGAUCUCUAUUGAGGAAUUGGACGUCAUCUACAAGAUCCCUCACUGUGUUCCAAUCUCCGCCCAUCACAAAUGGAACUUUGACGACUUGCUGGAAAAGAUCUGGGACUACUUGAGCCUGAUCAGAAUAUACACCAAGCCUAAGGGUCAGCUGCCGGACUACGAGAGCCCCGUCGUACUCAAAAGUGAUAUCUGUAACGUGGAAGACUUCUGCAACAAUCUACACAAGAGCAUCCUCAAAGAACUCAAAUAUGCGCUGGUAUGGGGCUCAUCCGUUAAACACACUCCCCAGAAGGUCGGUAGAGAGCAUACACUCAAGGACGAAGAUGUCAUUCAGAUUGUCAAAAAGGUAUGAACAUAAUGCUCACUGUGACACCAAUCAUCUACUUCAAGACUCCUACAACAAAGCUUACAACAAAGUAAAGAUAUAUUUCACCUGACACUUGCAGACUGCUCAUAUAUCUUCUUUUGGUUAAUGAAAUGGUUAACAAUUUUUUUUAUGAAGGCUAAUUUAAAGGGUCAAAGAACCCUAAUCAUUGCAUGCAUAUCAUCAACUGAGGGCCAGAAGAGGCAUUAAAGAGAAAGGUUGAGUUCUGGGAAGAGGUGAAAAAUAAUUUGUGAUCAUUAUAUCAUGCAAGUGUGGAAGAACAUCAGAUAAAAAAUGAUCCCUUAAAAGCAUGGCUCUUCAAAUGCCUUAAUAUUCGAAAAAUUGCGUGUAACAUCAUAUAAAUCGGGUCAGAUUUUCAUGCCACAUGUUCGUGUAGUCCCAUAUACAUCUUUCUGUGUACAGUGCUUGUAACUUUACCAAGACUGGGUCAAAUUUCUUAUCAUUUUGAUGCUAC